AUGGGCCACAAGGAAAGGAAGAAAAAGAAUGAAAAGGCGGAGGAUGCGACGGCUGAGAAGGACAAGGCUGACGAUGAGGAGUCCCAGUAUAGCUACAUCACGGAGGACGAGGACAAAGAGCCCGCUGCGGAACCGCCGGCACGUCCGGUAGGUCGCACGGUGACGAUGACGGCUUCCAAGGCAAAGGCACGGCCACGGUCGCAGUCCUCGUCCAGUGAUCGUGGGCCACGCGCCCGUGAGCUUCGCUCGCCGUUGCCUCCUCCACGCGAGGAAGGAAGGACAUGGAAAGCAGCUGCAGUAAAGGCGGAGCGCCCAAGUAGUCCUACGAGGACAACGCGUGGGAGGAGUGUGGCACCUGUCAUGCCUCCACCGCAUACAGUCCCAGCCUCGGACCCUCCGCGACGGCGCAAGAGCGGGGAGGAGGAUCCGCCGGACGCUCACGGUGCCAAGCCAGAGCGAGACACGGAGAGGGACGCUGCAGGUGCCGCAGAAGACAAGUUGCACAAUGAUCCCUACGAGGGCACUGGCAAGGGCCAUGGAAAGGGAAAUCCCUAUGGGGGGCACCACGGUGACUAUGAUGAUGAGGACGCCCACCAUGAUCCCUACGAGGGAAGCAAAGGCUGGCAGAAAGACGAGCCGGCACGAUGGAGGCGGUGGUCUGUGCAGUGCCCCUAUUGCAAGCACUACGUCGCCGAAACCCGGGGUUCCUCUGGCUUGAGCCAACAUAUGUGGUGGAGCGAGCAUUGCCUUCAACAUCAGCUCUGGUAUCAAGGCGGGUACUCCUGGCGGGAGGCAGGGCGACGUGCCGCCAUUGUGAAAGCGCAGCGUGAGACGGAAGCAGCCCACGAGAAGGGGCCACGAGCUCCAGAAACUGCAGUGCUUCCUGCGCGAUCCGGAGACGAGGGUGACCGCAAGGCUACGGGCCGUGAGGAGGAGGAGCCUGAGAAAAAGACGCUGUCUGAGUUGGGCUGGGACGAGGUCAUGGCCAGUAUGGAUGAGGCGUUGCCUAACUUAGAGCGGCAAGACUUCGAAGAUAGAUGGGCGUCUGUGAUGAGCUGCUUGCGCUGUGUGAGCUUUUGGACAGCAGCUGGCUACGGUCAGCCCUGGACCCACGUGGUCGUGCAUCGGCUGCACUCCUUAAGUCAUUUCUGCAUCUGGGGUGCAAGGGCCACGGAUCUUGCCCGGCAUGCGAGCACACAAGCAAAAUGUGUGGUACCUACGAGGUACAAGAUACAACUCGAUGGCUGGCGCCGUAUUCAUGGUGGUGAUCAAUAUCUGUGCGAAAGUGCUUUGCGCACGAGAGAGCUCCUUUGCCGGCUGGUGCGGCGCCUGUCUACGCGACAGGAAUGUCGACGGGUGAUGCUCUGGUGUCUCCUUGCAUUGGAUUUGUUGACCAAGAUGCGGUUCCAUAUUCUCACGCAGCUACGGGCUGCGGACGACGAAUCCGGAGCUGGAUUUUUGCUAGAAAGUCGGACGGUUGGGACGUUCUGCAUCACUUCCAUGCCUGACGUGUCUGAAGAGAAGAAACGGUGCAAAUGCUGCGGGUAUUCCUACGCGGAAGCUGACGGGCGCCAGCAUGGAAAGUUCUUUCUGUGCAGCCAGUGCAAGAACAUUGAACAACUUGUCCGAAGAAACUUGGGCACGACGACGGGUAUGGCAGAGUGGAGUCAGGCGGAAACGCAUGAAUUUUUCCGUGCUGUCCAGAACAAACCGCACGAUGGUCGCCUGAAGUGGUCAACGAUCCGCGCGGCCUGGAUCAAGAAAAGCACAGAGGCAACGAUCCGCAAGUUUUCUUCCACAGUAGAGAAGCAGCCGCUGCCCAAGUCCGUGUGGCUGCAGCGAGGAUUUCAGGAGGAGGUGGUUGAUCGAUUCGAACCCAAGUGGUCCGAUCAAUAUGGGACAUAUGUGCACGAGCUGCCUGUCGCCACGCUGCGGUGGGAAGAGGCGCAUGAAUCGGUAGAGGCGAAAGUCUUGGAGCAGGAAAAAAUCGCAGCGAAGAAGAAAGGCUCCAAAGGCGAUGGUGACCAAGAGUUAGAUGUCCCUGACUUGAAAGCUCAAGAUGGCAACGCUGACGCGAAAGCAAGCAAAGCCCAAGCGGCGCAACAAAAGAAGGUAGCCGGCGCCAAUGUCAAGAUUGCGUGUGCAGCUGCACGAGCUAUGGGCUCGCUUUGCUCCGUCGAGACAUCUCUGACCAAACUCUUGGCUAAGACUGAUGGCAUGGAGGAACUGAACGAAGCAUCGCUGCAGGUCUGUCGUGAUUCCUUGGAGAAGGCUAAGCGCUGGGGAUCAGCAGCUAGAGCUGCUGUGAAUGGCCAAGACGCACAGAAUGUCGAGCAAGCUGCCCUGGAGCCAUUGCCCUUUGACCAAUCCGAUCUCAAAGCUUUGCUCCUUGAGAGUGCAGCAGGUCAGAAAAGUUUGAAAGAAUCCAUGCCCAAGAAGGCACCCAGACCCAAAGCUGCAGCCAAGGUUGCAGGAACCACGGUUCGUGAGGGAGACGCCGUGGAGCCGCAGCCGAAGAGGCAGUUUCAAGCCUUACGACAAAUCAGAGGGUUGUCCCAAGAGGAUUGCCGCAGAGUCAUUGGAUUGCUUCGAGAGGAUGAUCGUGGAGCGGCUACGUGCCGGAAGACCGCUCAAAAGUAUCCGCAAGCCGGAAAACUUCUACGGGAAGUGACAGUACCGGAUACAAACCUAGUGGUCCAUCUCAACACAGUACCAGAUCUCCUGCAAGAGAAAAUCACUCACUGCGGCUUGUUUGCUUCUAUGAUGAAGCAAGCAUUACAAAGAGGUUGUCCUGCCUUAACUCUUCUCGUGUUUGCAGAUGAGGCUAAUCCAGGUAAUAUCUUAGCAGCACGACAUCCCCGCAAGAGUAAUCUGUAUUAUUUUACCUUCUGGGAAUUUCCACUGCUGCAUGUGGAAAGUCUGUGGUUGCCUCUUGCGGUCGUCCGAGCGAACGAAGUGGCAAAGGCGGGAAGCUCCUACGCGGAGGUGACAAAAGUGCUUCUGGAACAUGUAUAUGAUGAAGUGCAGGAUGGCAUGGCACUGUCCAUUGAUGGGCAAACCGAAAUGAUCUUCGUUGGAAAAGUGAUUUUGUUGAAUGACCACGAAGGACUGCGAGCCGUGAGUGGCAGUAAAGGCGCAUCAGGAACAAAGCCUUGCUUUGCUUGCUGCAAUGUCUUGGCGAAUGGAAAAAUGUGCCCACGUGGCUAUGUCACCAUCCAAGAGAUGGACGUGUCAGUAUUUGUACGUCAAACUGAUGCGGGCCUGAAAAAAGUAAAAAAAUAUUUCGAUGCAUGCACUACAAAACAGGCCCUCAAGAAGGCCGAGGUGUGUCUUGGCUGGAAUGCCCGUGAGCUUGGCAGAUCCAUUUUCGCAUCAGAGAAACUGAAGCCAUGGAUCACGUUGGAUUCCCUGCUGGUGGACACCAUGCAUCAGUACUUCAGUCACGGAUUGGUCGCGCAGGAACUGGGUCUUUGGUUUGGUCGUUUCCUGGCUGCAGGUUUUUCCCUGCAACUCUUGCAGGGCUGGAUCGCGAUUGGUUGGAAAAAAACAAAAGAUUCUCUGUUGACACCUGCAGCCUGCUGCACCGAGCACCUCUUUCGAGAAAACUCAGACUAUCGCGGAGAUGCAUCUGCUUGUGCAACAGCUUUGCCCUUGGUCUGGGCUUUUUCGCUGGAGAUCUUGUCUGAGUACGCCGAAAUGCAAACGGCAAUCACAUCGUUGAAUGCUCUUUACGCUGUGGUGACAUGUUUGCAUAAAAUGAAAUGGAAUCCUGCACGUGGCGCUUCUCUUCCCGGUUUGCAGAAAGACCACAUGGUGGCGUUUCAACGGGCGUACGACGCAUCAUUGACGCGACCCAAGGCGCACUACGCCUUGCACGUGUGGAAACAAGUGCAAAGGUGGGGUCGACAUGCAGAUUGCUAUGUUGGCGAAAGAAAGCAUCGCAUCUUCAAAAGCCAAGUAGCUCCAAAGAUGACAAACCUAACAACUUUCUCCCGAAGUUGUCUUUUGCAGCUCACGGAAAUGGAGCUGAUGGAUGCAGAAGAUGCCAUGUCCUACACCGGACGACUUCUGGGUAAGCCACGCGCUCAACCAGAUUGCGCCCACGUGGUACAGCUACCAAGUGACACACUGUUUUCCUACGGGCUUGAAUAUCACUGUGUCAAAUAUGAGAAAGGCAUGCAUCUGCUCCUCUCAAACGAUUGCGCCGUGCAAGUCCAAGGUGGUGUGUCCACUGCCAAAGAUCUGUUUCUACUUGUGGCGUGUUUGACCAAAACUACCACUUCGAAGAGAAAACUUCCUCAGUGGAAGUCAACCAAUUCAGAAUUGGCACUCUUGCCGCUCCAAAAUUUGCUUGGCCACGAGCCAAUGCACCUGCUGCGUGAAGGAACAACGGGCCUAUGCCUUCUCCGAUAA